AUGUCGACUCUGUUCUUGAAAGGUGCAUGGCCUACUGGUGAUGCCACGCUUUUAGCAUCCGGACUUUACUCUAGAGACCUAAUGAUUUCUCAAGAUAGCCCCGAAAGAUUGACAAACGCGUGGAAGAGCCUUCGGUAUGACCCAAGGCAAGCACUGGCGGGUUGUGUGGUCGCAGGGGGUGCCGUGACAACGAAUGGUGAUAUCAUCUCCAGUGCUAAAAACUAUUUCGCAUAUGAUACUUUAAAGAAGCUGGAGUGCCAGUGCAACUCUCAACGAGCAGCAUGCAGUUGUCAAAAACAUCACCGAAGUGGAACUGCCGAUCAUUUCGAGGGCACGGACCAGAUGGGCGCGUACGUAAAUGAGGCAUUUGCAUACGAGCCCGAUAUUCAAACUUCGCUGUGGGGUAACGGGUACAGCCGCUUAUAUCGGAUCAAACAAGUAGUGGACCCGACCGGCCUGUUUAUUGUACGUCGAGGCGUUGGGAGCGAGGAUUAG